CGCCUCGGAGCAUGACUCCAAUUACCCCUUUGCACAAGAAACAAGACAACUCCCACCGACCCCAUAAUUCUUGGAUUCUUGGACUUAAUCACCCCGUGAGAAACAGCCGAAUGCUGUUCGGUUGGCGCAGGUUUGCCUAGGGAGUGGACGCCUUGCAGGUUCAAGCAUUGUGCAGUUGACUCACAGUCGGUCGAGCUUUGCCCAUUUGAACGCAUUUUGGCUCGCAAGUGGCAUAGGAAUGGCCCUCAGUCACUCCUUGUGUGCGCUGCCAAGGAGACCUAGGUGCUUUGUCCGUACCAAAUCGACUCAGCAAAGCAUUUUGUCAGCGGCUGCGCGUGGCGAUGCCGAAGGCAUUUACCUGGCACUGAAACACCACGAGCUCAGUCCGAUCAGUGUGGCCACAGCGGCCCACCGCUUAGCAAAGCUACGGCCUCUACGCGCUUCAAACACCUUGCGACAGCGUGGACUGCGAGAAUUGCAGGCCCCAAUCUUGGCGGCCCACACUGACUUUGGAGCGCAAGCCACGGCCAAUACCGUUUGGACUUUGGCAGUGCUUAGGAGCACAGACGAGAUCGUGUGGGAGUCGCUGUCACACCGGGCAUCUCAGCAGGUUCAGCAAUUCAGCGGUCGGCACUUGAGCAACUUAGCAUGGUCUGUGGCGAUCCUCUCACGGAGCGAUGCCCCAUUGCUGAUGAUGCUUUCCUGCGAAGUUAUGCAGAAGGUGAAGGAGAUGUCUCCCCAAAGUUUGGCCAACAUCCUGUGGAGCUUUGCCUUUCUGGCUAUCUGGGAUUCAGAGAUGUUGAGGCCUUCCUUAGAUGCGGUGCAUACAUCAGCUCCCGCUUUCAACUCCAGGGAUUUGAGUAAUACUUUGUGGGCCUUGUCCCUGUACAGAGGUUCAGAGACUGAUGGCUUUGACUGGAAGCGCUUACUGGUCUCCUUGGCAAAUGUUGCCAAAGUCCAAGCAGAGGGCGGUCUUCAUCCCAAUGACCUUACAAGCAUUGCAUGGGCCUUUGUGGAUGCUACACCCCUGCAAAUGCAUUGGCUUCAACGCGCUGCGGCUAGUCCGAGCAAGGACCAAAACACAUGGGCCACAGAGCCCACGGAGCCCCAAAGACCUGCAUCCUAUGAGCCUUUAGAUUGAGCGAAGGCCCGAAGAGGCGGCGAAGGCGCGAACAUGAGGUCAACGCGGUGCAGCAUCAUCGUCGGCACUACCCAACCAGAAGAAGUACAAUCUUCGGGCACGCCAGCUUGACGUAGGCUAUGUGCGGACGGUUGUUGAGGACUAUUUCCCUUGGGAUUUGGACUUGUGCAGCGUGAUGGGAUAUGUCGCGGCGGUCUCUUCAAUUCAAGUAUUCCAUGUGCUGUCCCUGGUGCAACCUCACAUGGCCCCACAUGGUCCCAUGGCCUUGUUUGCAGUUCAAACCUUGUGC